AUGACCACCAAGGACUCCUCCCUCUACGGCAUCCCCCGCCCAAAGAAAGCCUCCGGCCGAGAGAUCUCCUCCUCCACAACCCUAGCCUUCACCUCCCAGCUCUCGACCCUCAUCGCCUCCAGCACCAGCACCACCAACCGCUCCUCCACCGGCCGUGCCCGCCCCAAGAAAGGCGACAUCUUCGCAACCCACAACAAAGGCAGCCGCAAGCGCGCCCUCAAAGACAUAGAUGACGCCUCCUUCGAGCAGAAACACAGCACCAGCUCCGACGCCCUCGAUGCCGCGACCUACCACCGCUCAAAGCGGAAGAUGGAGGAAAAGGCGCGCCUAUACGCCGCCAUGAAGCGCGGAGACGUGGAGGACGUGGACGAGAAAUACGCCGUGGACUUUGACCGCAAGUGGGCGGAGCAGCAGGAGCGAGGGGCAGGGUCGGACGCCGAGACGUCGUCUGGCGACGAGGACAGCGAGGCGGAGAACGAGGUGGUCGAGUACACAGACGAGUUCGGGCGCACGCGACGCGGCACCAAAGCCGAAGCCGCGCGCGAGGAACGCCGCAAGAAGGCCGCCGCGGCGGAUGAGCCGGACCGCUUCACCGCGCGCCCUGCCGCACCGAGCAACAUCAUCUAUGGCGACACGGUCCAGGCCGCGGCGUUCAAUCCGGACGUCACGAUCGCGGAGCAGAUGGCUGCGCUGGCGGCUAAGCGGGACAAGGAGGCGACGCCGCCGCCGGAUGAGCAUUUUGAUGGCAGCAAGGAGAUCAGGACGAAGGGGACGGGGUUUUAUCAGUUCUCGGCGGAUGCGGAGACGAGGGCGAGGGAAAUGGAGGCGCUGGAGAGGGAGCGGGCGGAGACGGAGAGGGCGAGGGAGGAGAGGGAUAGGAGGAAGGAGGAGAGGAGGAGGGAGAUUGAGGAGAAGAGGAGGGCGAUUAAGGAAAAGCGUGGGAAGGUGCAGGCGGAUCGGUUUCUGGACGGUUUGGCUGAUGAUCUGGGCUGA